UUUCUUUUCUUUCCUUUCAGCUCUGCAGUGUAUGGAUGACUCCAAGCCAUGUGUUAAUGAGGGAAAGUGCAUUCCGUAUCAAAAUGGUACAGGAUAUUGCAAGUGUCGAGAAGGUUUCCUUGGAGACUACUGUCAGUACAGGAACCCCUGCGAGAGCAACACCUGCAAGAACGGGGGAACCUGUGAAGCUGCAUCCCUGAUAGGAAAACCAACGUGCAGGUGUGCUCCAGGAUUCACAGGGGAGGAAUGCCAGUACUCAGAAUCUCACCUGUGCUACGUGUCCCAGCCCUGCCUGAACGGAGGCACUUGUCACCCCCACGGCCAGGACACCUAUGAGUGCGUCUGCCUUCCCGGUUUCACAGGAAAGGAAUGCCAGUGGAUUGAUGCCUGCACAUCUCAACCUUGUGCCAAUGGAAGUACCUGCACGGUGUCUGGGAAUAAGUUCUCCUGCUCCUGCCUGGCUGGCUACACGGGUCAGAAGUGUGAGAUAGACGUGAACGAGUGUGGCACGCCGGGGCUGUGCCAGCACGGUGGCACCUGUGUCAACCUGCCCGGCUCCUACCGCUGCCAGUGCAGGCCGGGCUACACCGGGCACCGCUGCGAGAGCGUCUACGUGCCCUGCUCGCCGUCCCCCUGCAUGAACGGGGGCACCUGCCACCAAACCAGCGACUUCACCUUCGAGUGCAACUGCCUGCCAGGUUUCGAGGGAAGCGUCUGUGGACACAAUGUGGACGACUGCCCGAACCACAAGUGCCUGAACGGGGGCGUUUGUGUGGAUGGAGUGAACACCUACAACUGCCGCUGCCCACCCCAGUGGACAGGCCAGUUUUGCACCGAGGACGUGGAUGAGUGCCAGCUCCAGCCCAAUGCCUGCCAGAACGGGGGCACCUGCACCAACCACAACGGGGGCUACGCCUGCGUCUGCGUCAACGGCUGGAGCGGCGACGACUGCAGCAAGAACAUCGACGACUGCUUCACUGCCUCCUGCGCCAAUGGCUCCACCUGCAUCGACAGGGUGGCUUCUUUCUCCUGCAUUUGUCCAGAGGGAAAGGCAGGUCUUCUGUGCCACUUGGAUGACGCCUGUGUUAGCAAUCCGUGCCAGAAAGGUGCUCUGUGUGACACCAACCCCGUGAAUGGAAACUACAUCUGCACCUGUCCCCAGGGCCAUAAGGGAGCAGACUGCACCGAGGAUGUGGAUGAGUGUGCAAUGGGUGAGUUCCCAUUUGCUCUCUGCAAGUGCAAGGGUGUGUCACAGCUUCUCCACACCCAAGGACUCCUUUCAUGCUCUCCCCCUUCCACUUCAGCGUCUUUAGAUGCGUUUAGCGUGGUGCGUGAAGUCAACACGGAGGGCUCUUUCCACUGCGAGUGUUUGAAGGGCUACACAGGACCUCGCUGUGAGAUGGACAUCAAUGAGUGCCACUCAAACCCCUGCCAGAACGAUGCCACCUGCCUGGAUAAAAUAGGAGGGUUCACUUGUCUCUGCAUGCCAGGUUUUAAAGGAGUUCACUGUGAAGAAGAUAUUGAUGAAUGUCUAAGUAAUCCCUGUGUGAACAAUGGAGUUUGUCUUGAUAAGGUCAACCGCUUCCUCUGUGUCUGUCCUCCUGGAUUCAGCGGUGCCGUGUGUCAGAUUGACAUAGACGACUGUUCCAGCACGCCGUGUCUCAACGGAGCCAAAUGCAUUGACCACCCCAAUGGCUACGAGUGCCAGUGUGCCACAGGUUUUACUGGCCUUCUGUGUGAGGAGAAUAUCAACAACUGUGACCCCGAUCCCUGCCACCACGGGGAGUGCCAGGAUGGCAUCGACUCAUACACGUGUGUCUGCAACCCUGGCUACAUGGGUGCCAUCUGCAGCGAGCAGAUUGACGAGUGCCACAGCAACCCCUGCCUCCACCAAGGGCGCUGCAUCGACCUGGUCAAUGGCUACCAGUGCAACUGCUUGCUGGGCACCUCAGGAGUAAACUGUGAAAACAACUUUGACGACUGUGCCAGUAACCCGUGCAUCCAUGGGGACUGUAUUGAUGGCAUUAAUCGCUACAACUGUGCCUGCAAGCCUGGAUUUACAGGGCCCCGCUGUAACGCGGACAUCGACGAGUGCACGUCCAGCCCCUGCCACAACGGCGGCACGUGCGUCAACGAGGUGAACGGCUUCCGCUGCGUGUGCCCCGAGGGCUUCCACCAUCCCCACUGCCAGGCCCAGGCAGAUGGCUGCCUCAGCAACCCCUGUGUGCAUGGCAACUGCACACACACUGCCACUGGGUACAAGUGUGUCUGUGACCCAGGCUGGAUAGGAGAUUACUGUUCAACAGAAGGGAAUGAAUGUAAAUCAAACCCAUGCCAGAACGGAGGAACUUGUGAGGAUCUGCUGAAUGGAUACAGAUGUACCUGCAGGAAAGGAUUCAAAGGUGUGAACUGCCAGGUAGUGGUUUCUCCUUGUUCCCCUAAUCCUUGUGAGAACUCGGGAAUCUGCCAAGAAUCUCCUGACUCUGAAGGCUACACCUGCCAGUGUGCCCCUGGCUGGGAAGGGGAAAGAUGCACAGUGGAUAUUGAUGAGUGCCUCUCCAAGCCCUGCAAAAACCACGCUCUGUGCCACAACAUCCAGGGCAGUUACCUGUGCGAGUGCCGGCCUGGCUUCACCGGCGGGGACUGCGACAGCAACAUCGACGACUGCCUGUCCAAAACCACUUCUCUAGACCUGGCCCUUCGGGGCACCUGCACCCACUUUGUCAACAGCUACACCUGCAAGUGCCCGCCGGGCUUCGAGGGAACCAACUGCGAGAGCAACAUCGACGAGUGCACCGAGAGCUCCUGUUUCAAUGGAGGCACCUGUGUGGAUGGGAUCAAUUCCUUCAGCUGCCAGUGCCCUCUGGGGUUCACAGGGCCCUUCUGCCUGACAGAAAUCAACGAGUGUGACUCCCGUCCUUGCCUCAACAGGGGCACCUGCGUGGACAGCCUGGGCACCUACAGGUGUCUGUGUCCCUUGGGAUACACUGGCAAGAACUGCAAGUCACUGGUGGAUCUGUGCAGCAAGUCUCCCUGCAAGAACAAAGGCACGUGUGUCCAGACUCUGGCCCAGACUCGGUGCGUGUGCCCGCCCGGCUGGACUGGCGCCUACUGCGACGUGCCCAGCGUCUCGUGCCAAGUGGCAGCUUCACAGAGAGGAGUGCCCGUGGACCAGCUGUGCCAGCACUCUGGGCACUGCCUCAACGUGGGGAACAGCCACCACUGCCAGUGCCAGGUGGGGUACACGGGCAGCUACUGCGAGGUGCAGCUGGAUGAGUGCGAGUCCAGCCCCUGCCAGAACGGAGCCACCUGCCGCGACCACCUGGGCGGAUACCAGUGCGAGUGUGUGGCUGGAUACCAGGGUGUCAACUGUGAGUAUGAAGUGGAUGAGUGCCAGUUCCAGCCCUGCCAGAACGGGGGGACCUGCAUCGACCUCGUCAAUCGCUUCAAGUGCUCCUGCCCACCAGGAACUCGGGGCCGUCUCUGCGAGGAGAACGUGGACGACUGCGCCGCGGAGUCGGGAGCUCCGCGCUGCUUCAACGGAGGGCAGUGCAUUGACCAGGUGGGGGGCUACAGCUGCCUCUGCCCCCAGGGCUUUGCAGGAGAGCGCUGCGAGGGGGACAUCAACGAGUGCCUCUCCAACCCCUGCAACCCUCGAGGGAGCCUGGACUGUGUCCAGCUGACAAACGAUUACAGGUGCAUCUGCCGCAGUGCUUUCACCGGCCGUCACUGCGAGAGUGUCAUCGACGUGUGUCCCCGGAAGCCGUGCCAGAACGGGGGGACCUGCGCUGUGGCCAGCAACAUGCCCGAUGGCUUCAUCUGCCAGUGUCCCCCGGGUUAUUCUGGAGCCAAAUGUGAGUUCAGCAGCCACAGUUCCUGUGGACAGGUGAAAUGCAAGAAGGGGGAGCAGUGCAUCCAAACAUCUUCUGGCCCACGGUGCUAUUGUCCCAAGCUGUCUGUGGGAGAGGAAUGCCAGACAAACCCAGGCUGUGCCAGUGGCCCCUGCCAGAAUGGGGGCAGCUGCCACCCUCAUUCUCAGCCUCCUUACUACUACUGCCAGUGCCCUGUUCACACCCAGGGCAGCCACUGUGAGCAGCCCGUGACUUUCAGCCCGGAGCCCCGAGGAUGUCUGGAUUCCCAGUGUGCAGAAAAAGCCAGGGAUGGCUAUUGUGAUGAGGACUGCAACACCCAUGCGUGCCAGUGGGAUGGAGGAGACUGCUCCCUGACAAUGGAGGACCCUUGGGCCAACUGCUCCUCCUCCCUGCGCUGCUGGAUGCUGUUCAAUGGGCAGUGUGACGAGUUCUGCAACACGCCCGAGUGCCUGUUUGACAACUUCGAGUGUCAGCAAAAUAGCAGGACCUGCAAGUACGACAAGUACUGCGCGGAUCACUACGCGGACGGGCGCUGCGACCAGGGCUGCAACAGCGAGGAGUGCGGCUGGGACGGCCUGGACUGCGCCGGCGACAAAGCCGAGAAGCUGGCAGAGGGCACCCUCAUCAUCGUGGUCCUGAUGCCCCCUGACGAGCUGCUGGAGGAUGUCCGCAGCUUCCUGCGCACUCUGGGAACGCUCCUGCACACCAACCUCAGGAUCAAGCUGGACUCCCAGGGGAACCUCAUGGUGUUCCCCUACUACGGGGAGAAACCGGCGGCGCGGAGCCGCCGCUCGCUCGUGGUGGUUCGCAAGCACAGAGAGCUGGAGCAAGAGGUCAUUGGCACCAAGGUGUUCCUGGAGAUUGACAACAGGCAGUGUGCAGAGGACUCGGAGCAAUGCUUUCACAACACAGAAGCUGCUGCAGCUCUCUUGGCUGCUCAGGCCAUCAAGGGCAUGCUGCCCUAUCCUUUUGUGUCUGUCCAAAGUGAGCCCUUGUUACCACCAAAGACCCAGCUGCUUUACCUGCUUGCUGUGGCAGCUCUGAUCAUCCUGCUGAUCCUUCUCCUGGGUGUGAUGAUGGCCAAGCGCAAGCGCAAGCACGGUUCUCUGUGGCUGCCAGAGGGGUUCAUCCUGCGCAGGGAUCCCAGCAACCACAAACGCAGAGAGCCCGUGGGGGAAGAUGCUGUUGGACUCAAAAAUCUGUCAGUGCAGAUACCAGAGGGUAACCUGGCUGACCCUGGGACAACUGAGCACUGGGCAGGUGAUGGUGGACCUCAGCCAAAGAGAGCAAAGGCUGAGGACCAGGCCCUGCUGCCAGAAGGGGACGAGCAGAUUGACCAGCGCCAGUGGACACAGCAGCACCUGGAGGCAGCAGACGUCUGUGGCAGCACCUCCCUGGCCCUCACACCCCCCCAGGCUGACCAAGAAGUGGAUGUUCUGGAUGUCAAUGUCAGAGGGCCAGACGGCUGCACUCCGCUGAUGCUGGCAUCGCUGCGCGCGGGCGGCUCCGACAUCAGCGAGGACGACGAGGACGGGGAGGACUCCUCAGCAAACAUCAUCACAGACCUGAUCUACCAGGGGGCCAACCUGCAGGCGCAGACAGACCGCACCGGGGAGAUGGCUCUGCACCUGGCAGCGCGCUACUCCAGAGCCGACGCCGCCAAGCGGCUCCUGGACGCCGGGGCCGACGCCAACGCUCGCGACAACAUGGGCCGCACCCCUCUGCACGCAGCUGUGGCUGCUGAUGCCCAGGGUGUCUUCCAGAUCCUGAUCCGUAACAGAGUGACAGACUUGGAUGCUCGGAUGAACGACGGGACGACCCCGUUAAUUCUGGCUGCACGUCUGGCUGUGGAGGGGAUGGUGGCCGAGCUCAUUAACUGCCAGGCUGAUGUCAACGCCGUGGAUGACCACGGUAAAUCUGCUCUUCACUGGGCUGCUGCUGUCAACAAUGUGGAAGCAACACUAGUACUGCUGAAAAAUGGAGCCAACAGAGACAUGCAGGAUAACAAGGAGGAGACUCCGCUCUUCCUCGCUGCUCGGGAAGGCAGUUUCGAAGCCGCAAAAAUCUUGCUGGACCAUUUUGCCAACCGAGACAUCACGGACCACAUGGACCGGCUGCCGCGGGACGUGGCCCAGGACCGCAUGCACCACGACAUCGUGCAGCUCCUCAACGAGUACAACGUGGCCCACAGCCCUGCCGGCCACCCCGGGGCCAUGCUGAACUCUGCCCUCUCCCCGGUCAUCUGUGGCCCCAACAGGUCCUUCCUCAACCUGAAACACGCUUCGCUGAGCAAGAAGUCGCGGAAACCGAACGCCAAAGGCAUGCCCGCCGGCCUCACCAAAGAUGCAAAGAGGAGAAGGAAGAAGUCCCUCAGCGAGGGCAAGGGGCAGUUUUCAGAGAGCUCAGUGACCCUGUCACCGGUGGAUUCCCUGGAGUCUCCCCACGCUUUUGCCUCUGAACCCACCUCUUCCCCCGUGAUGCCGUCGCCGGGGGUGCUGCACUCGUCGCCCAGCUCGCUGCUGGCCGCUCCGGCGGUGCAGGCCGCGCACACCAUGUCCUUCUCCAACCUGCACGAGAUGCAGCCCCUGGGACGUGGCUCGGGCACGGUGCUGCCGUCCGUCAGCCAGCUGCUGUCGCAGCACAGAACCACCCCUCCCAGCAGCGGGCUCGGCAGGCUGCGGCCGGGCAGCGUCUCCAGCGAGUGGAUGAACCGCAUGGAGGUGAACGAGUCGCAGUACAACGAGAUGUUCGGCAUGGUGCCCCAGGUGAUGCAUUCCCACCCCGGCGUCUCGCAGCAGAGCGGCUUGGUGCAAGCAGAGGCCAAGCACCUGGGGGUGUCCCGGGAGUCUUUGCCCCCCAUCAUGACUUUCCAGCUGGUUCCCAAGGGCGGCAUAAACCAGCAAGCGCUGCCGCAGCAGGCCCAGUCAAACUGCGCUCAGAACAUGGCCGGCCCCCUUAGCUCCAUGUACCAGAUCCCAGAUCUGGCCCAGCUGCCCAGCGCCUCGUUCUCCAUGGCUGCCAUCCCUCAGCAGGACGGGCAGGUGGCUCAGACGGUCCUCCCGGCCUACCACCAGUUCCAGAGCUCGAUGGGCAAGUACCCCACGCCUCCCUCCCAGCACAGCUGCUACUCCUCGGCCACAGAACGGACUCCUAGCCACAACCGGCACUUACAAGGGGAGCACCCGUACCUGACUCCGUCGCCCGAAUCUCCGGACCAGUGGUCGAGCUCUUCCCCCCACUCUGCCUCCGACUGGUCUGACGUGGCAACCAGUCCCAGCAGCAGCCAGCGCGGGCCGGCGGCCGCCCACAUGCCGGAGCAGCAGCGGAACAACAUGCAGGUGUACGCCUGAAGGCUGCCCACGCUGCAGCCCACCCAGAGCGGACUCCAGAACUCAUGAAGGUCUUCCAGGAUGGAAAUGAAGAACCAUUUUAGUAUCCAAGAGUCUUAAUGAGCCCAGGAUGUUCUUUCGUUGGAGGGACUGUGGUCGCUGUAGACUUUGUGUGCUUUUAUGCUAAAAGGAGAACUGUAGAAGCUGGUGAUGGAGAAGACCAGCUGGGUCACUUCUAACCGACUCCCACGCACCUUGGACGUGACUGCUGUCUGCACUGGAGUCUCCAGUCUGCUUUUAAACACGUUCCACCGUUGCUUUGGGGAGACAGCUCUUCAGCUUCAUACAUCUUGUGGUCGUUUCUCCAGAAAUUUAGCCAAAACCAGCUUUUGUAUCCUUAUUUUGUUACUCCUCCUGUUACCCACGUAACCUCUCUCUGAAGCACCUUCUACUAGUUCUCCUCGAGUUCAAGUUGCCUUGUCUUGACACAGCUCAGAGCUGCACCCACAUUCCCAGCCCCGCUCCUUCCUUCCCUGGUCCGCUCUUGCUCAGCAAGCGAGCCGGACCUCCCAAAACACCUGCAGGUCAAGUGACACCUCCUGUCACACAGCUUCAGCCUCUCCUCUUCAGGAGUCUUCAUCUUGUAGAGACCCACUAACACCCCCUUAGCGUUCUCACUGCCUGCUCCCCGGGUAUUACCAGAUUAUAUAUACAUAAUAGUCUUUUUAGGUUGUUUGUUUUGUUAUUUUCCCUCCUGAAAACGCUGGUCUGACCUGGUCUUCCCGCCCGUGGGCCCAUCUGUUCCCCGAGACAGCCGUGACCAGUGUGACACACUACCCUCCCCGUGCCCCCGUCCUGCCAGGGGUGUCCAUGCCCGCCCUGGUGGGCUCCUGUGCCACAGGAGAUGCACUGCAACCGAUCCAGGCCUUUCGGGACGAGCACCAGUCUUUCCAAAACUGCUAACGCAAGCUCCCAGCGUUCUUGCACAGUAAUCCCCUCCCCUCCAUCCAAGGGUGGCUGUGUGUCCUGUCCUCCAGAUACCAUAUGCUGCCUCUUUAUGGUGUCAUCAGCAAGUGUCAAACACGCGGUUACGUGUUUGUGGUGUGCGUCCUUCUGCGUCAGGAACGACAGCCAGCCCUUUGAAAAGCGUCCCUUGUGCCGCAGCCCCGGGGCAGGGCCGCCUCGUCCUCCCCUCCCGGCAGCCAGGAGCUGGGCCGUGGCAGCACGCCAGGACAGCUCAGAAACCACUGCCUGCCGCAGUUUGGUGCACAGGUCUGGGGCUGUCCUCUGCUCUCAGCUUCAGCCCCGGUGCACGUUCCCCAGCCGAGCCGCCCCACCUGCUCCGUGGGACUGCGCGGCCGCCCCGCUAGUUUUGGGGCUGUGGAAGCCAGCUGGCGCUGGCCUGAGGCAAACAGCCGCUCUUUCCACGAGAGCAGCGCUUCUCUGAAGGGCUCCAGACCGGCCAGCAGCCCAAGUGAACAUUGGUGGGGAUGGUUUGGAAUGCUGCAGACACGUCUUCCAAAGAGCUCGGGGCUGCCGGCUGCUGCCAAAGGACUGAAGGCCGCUCCCCUCCGGGCCGGCCAUCCAACACCCUACCGUGUACAGUAUUGUCUCUGCUGUUUCUUUCCAUUCUAAUCAAGACUCAAAGUUGCUUUUCUUUUUUUUUUUUCCUUGGUUUUUUUUUUUUUUUUCCCCUCCCCCCCAGUUCCACUCAAUGGUACAUGAAGGCAGGGCCUCAGGAGGAGCUGGGGCCGUCGUUUCGGGCUGAAGUUUUUAAUUCUGUGUGAAAUUAUCGCUUCUCACGCCCCUGAAGCUCAGCUGCAGCUGACUCAGACCUCCAGGGGGGUCUGUCCAGGUACACGUUUCACUGCAAAUAAUGAAGUGUUGCUACAUCAAUGCUAAAGAAACAAAGGGCUUUUGCUCCCUAGCUCCAGAUAACCAAGUGCCUUUUUAUAUAUGUGGCUACCUUUGACAAGAUGAGUGCUUUCUGUGGAAUGAAGCCGGUUCUGUGCCUGGCCUUGUUAAUACGAUGGCCCUCUGCCUUUCUUCUCUUUUUUUUUUUUUUUUUUUUUUUUUUUUUUUUUUUUUUUUAACUACUUGUAAAGAUAAUAUCUCCUUAAGGUGGUAUUUUAUCUCGUAAGUUUGUAGAGUAACCAUUCACACAGCAGCAUUUUCCUAUAUUAAUAAUGGAAAAUAUUUGCUUAUUUUUACAUUUUUUAUAAAAGUCUUUUAUGAAAAUAGUUGCUGCCAAAUGUAUAAGCAAUUUUUAUCCCCAGAAUAAAAAGUAUGUGCCCAGUG